CAGUGGUUGUGACAUUCUACGUGUGAAUACACUGCUGCGGCGUGAAAAUAGAAUUUCUAUCCCGCUGAUACAUUUCCGCCUGUAUUUUAUCUCGACCGAUUACGACAAUUUAAUCUCUGCGAAGCGAAUGUUUAUCGGUUUUAUUCUGACUCGCUUAUUGGCGAUGUAUGUAUCGGGGUCAUUCGAGCUUUAAAAUCCGCAAAAGUCAAACAAGCAAAACAAUUUCUUACCCAAUAGUGCGCGAUAAGCAAGAGGAGAUCAGAAGCGACACGUGUCAAUAGUGAGUGAUCGUCUCGGAAACAUUAAAAACUCAAAAGUCAGACGAACAAAACAGUUCUUACUCGGCGCGUGACAGACAGAGAAGGUUUCCUCAAGCAGAAGCCCGACGCGUGACGAUAGGAAGAUCGUUGAAAUCUACGAAAGGAAGAUACGAGGGCGACUCAAAGACGUACGCCCUGCAAGAUUGUGCGAUAGUAUCGAUACUUCGCAGAACGACAAAGGCAUCCAGUAUAGAGCAUGAUGCGUGCCAGAUUUCUCAUUCGCGAGAUCAAUGGAUCGCACUCGCCAUGGGAGAUGCUACGUCGCGCGAGGUCGAUCGCGACUCCGAUCGAACACGGCGAAACCAACGCGACCAACGAUUUGCAAAACGCGCGAUCGGUCAACGAUAUUCCCGGCCCGAAAGCGUUGCCUGUGCUUGGCAAUUGGUUCAGAUUCAUACCGUAUAUAGGUGAAUAUGGCAAUGCGAAUAUGAUAACGCGAUUGCGGAUGCUGCGUGAACAGUAUGGCAAUAUCGUUAAAUUGGACGGCUUAUUGAAUUCCCGAUCAACCGUCUUUCUAUUCUCCCCGGAACUAUGCGAAAAGAUGUAUCGGAACGAAGGCACGUGGCCACUACGACAGAGCAUGGAAUGCAUGCAUUACUAUCGCACCAGCAGGAAGGAUAUCUACGGCGAAAUGUACGGACUUCCAACAAGCCAGGGUAAAAUAUGGCACAACUUUCGCUCCAAAGUCAAUCCGUACAUGAUGCAACCGCGAAUGGUUCAAGCGCACAUCGCACCGAUCAGCAAAGUGACCAGCGACUUCGUGGAAAGGAUGCGUACAUUGAAGGACCCCAAGACGCUAGAAUUGCCGGAUAAUUUCCUGAACGAAUUAUACAAGUGGGCCUUGGAAUCAAUAUGUUUGAUCGCGAUGAAUUGCCGACUGGGGUGCCUAAGGCCUAAUCUAACCGCGGACUCGGAACCGCAAAUAAUGAUUAAUUGCGUGCACGACAUGUUCGAUCUCAUAUACCGUUUGGAGAUCCUACCGUCUCUGUGGAAGGUGUACAAUACGCGGAAUCUCAGGAAGUUCUUCCGUGUGAUGGAUACGUUUAAUGAAAUCAUCGGUAAACACAUCGAGCGCGCCGAGACGAAGCUACGUGAAACAACGGACGGCACGGACCUGCAGGACCACAGUGUAUUGGAAAAGCUCUUGCGUAUCGACAAGCAAACGGCUCACAUAAUGGCGCUAGAUAUGCUAACGGGAGGUGUUGAUACGACCGGUAACAUGGCCGCCGGCUUAUUGUAUUACCUCGCAACUAAUCCAGAGAAACAGGAAAAACUGCGAGAGGAAGUGAUGUCCGUGUUGCCGGACAAAACGUCGCCUGUUACGCAUAAUGUCUUAAGUCAGACGAAAUACGCCAAAGCCUGCAUUAAAGAAUCCCUCCGACUGUUUCCCGUCGCCAUUGGUACUCUUAGAACCGUGCCAACGGAUGUUUGCUUAGGAGGAUACAAAAUACCAAAAGGGUACGACGUUUUGCUUGUUCACGAGUUGCUCACGUUGGAGCCUACGCAGUUUCCGCGACCGGAGGAGUACAUUCCCGAGAGAUGGUUGCGGGGCAACACGAAGUUUCCAUCAGCCAAGGAGGCGCAUCCCUUCUCGUAUAUGCCUUUCGGAUUCGGCCCUCGCACCUGCAUCGGCCGACGAUUCUCCGAAAUGGAGGUCGAGACGCUGGUCCUGACAGUCAUACGAAAUUUCCGGAUCGAAUGGCAUCACGGACCGUUCGAGUACGAAAGCCGAUUUAUAAAUACAGUGUCGACGCCGAUGCGACUCAAACUUGUCGAUUUGUAGAUCGUCCGAAAUCACUCCACGAUCGGUCCGCGUUGCGGAAUUGUCGUAUGGUACGACACUCUUUUUAAUAAUUACGAAACACCGACGCGAAUGUCGGUGUCGCUGCUGGUUACGAGCAUCUGACCCGAAGAAACCAACUGGAGUGGAGAAGACGCGCACCAUCGACCGACCGCGAUUCUUACAAUUUUAAUUUACGUCCGAGGACGGGAAGUGCGACAUUUCAUAGAAAUUUUUAACGCGGAAGCUGAAAAUUUUUCGAGAGUUCCCGAAAGAACAAACAUACGUGUCCGCGUUUUAAAGGAACGUAAACACGGAAAAUGUGAUUGCAAAUUGUACAUACUGAAAAAUGUGACUUACGUAAAUAUUACUAUAAACACAUUUCACAUAAUUUGUACAAAGUUAAUCAAAUAAUUACCUUUAUUAUUUAAAACUAA